AUGCAAUUGCCGGUUCUCGGCUGCACUUUCCUCACACUGUCAGAGUGCGAGGAAAGUACUGCCGAGAACUGGCAGUUGUCAGAGCAGGGAUCGGCACCGAUCAUCAGGGCACUGAUGAUCAGUGCCCUGAUGAUCGGUGCCCAGCAGUGCCACCCACCAGUUCCGCCCAUCUGUGCCCAGCAGUGCCGCCCAACAGUACCCAGAGUGCACCCACCUGUGCCCAGCAGUGCCACCUACCUGCGCCCCGCAGUGCCCACCCAUCUGUGUCCAGCAGUGCCACCCACCUGUGUUCACAAGUGCCACUCACCAGUGCCCAUCAAUGCAGUGCUGCCAGUCAGUGCCACC